UCAGCACCCGCGCGCGCACGUCUGCAUAACCACCAGCCCGCCAGCAGCGCCCGACCGCGCGCACGCCCACCGCAGCCAUGGGUAAGCUCGUGCGCCUCGAGCUGUACAAUUUCAAGACGUAUCGCGGCAAACACGUGCUGCCCUUUGGCGACUCGUACUUCACCUCCAUCAUCGGCCCCAAUGGCUCCGGCAAGUCCAACAGCAUGGACGCCAUCUCGUUUGUGCUUGGCAUCAAGUCGGCCUCGUUGCGCUCGCGCGAGCUGCGGGAGCUCGUGUACCGCGGCCGCAUCAUCAGCACGAGCAAGACCGCCGUCGACGAGGCCCACGGCGACCAGAACGGCGACCAAGACGGCGAGGCACAGGAAGACGGCGACUCGCAGCAGGGCGACCCCAAGACUGCCUGGGUCGAAGCCGUCUUCGAAGACGAUGCCGACAACAUUCACCGCUGGCGCCGCACCAUCACCACCGCCGGCCAGAGCGAGUACCGCAUAAACGGACGCGUCGUCACAGCACGAGCCUACAACGAGGCUUUGGAAGAGCAGAGUAUCUUGGUCAAGGCUCGUGCUUUCCUCAUCCCCCAGGGCGAGGUGGAGGAAGUCGCCAAAAAGCCUCCCAAGGACAUCACCUACAUGCUUGAGCAGAUCUCGGGCAGUCUGGAGAAGAAAGCCGACUACGAAAGGCUCAAGGCCGAGUCGGACGCCGCCGCAGAGGACAACUCGCAGUUUCUCCAGUCAAAACGUCACAUCAAUGCCGAGAUCAAGGAGUACACGACGCUCGAGGCCGAAGCCAAGGCCUACGAGAGGAAGGUUGCCGAACGCGACGAUGCCGCAGUGACGCACAUCAUGUGGAAGUUGUACCACCACCAGCAGGCCAUCGAAAAAGCCCGCGACAACAUCUCGCGCCAUGCGGAAGAGCUCAAGGAGCACCGACGCGGUGUCCAGAAAUACCAUGACAGACUGCAGGAUGCUACCAAGGAGGAAGCCAAGGUCAAGCGGAACAUUGCAAAGACCAACAACGACGUGAACGCCAAAACCAAAGAAAUUGAGGACGCUCAGAACGACCUGGUCCCCAUUGAAGAAAAGAUACGCCUUACCGAACAAGAGCUGAAGAAGUUGGAAGCCAGGAUCGCUUCCUUGACCAAGGAACGAGACGCCAAACAGCAGGACCUCGGCCGGUUCGACAAGAACCUCUCGCAGCUUGACAAGGCCGAAAAGCAGUGGGAAGCACAGCGCAGGGCCGCCGCCGGACAACCGGGCCAAGAGCUUUCGCCCGAGGACGAGCAAGAAUACAACCGACUCCGAAGCCAGGUCAGCAAGCAGACCUACGCCGACCAGGCCGAGGUCAGCAGGCUUGAGCGCGAGAUUGGCACGGAGCGGGAACAUGCUCGUAAUCUUCAGCAGAAGAUAGAUGGCCUCCGGGCGACCGUGGAAAGGUUCGAACAGGAGAUCGCUCAGCUCCAAGAACGGCAAAGCGAAUUGAAGACCACCUUGAAAGAAAAGAAGACCACGCGUGCCACGAAGCGUCAAGAUCUUAACAAGCUUGAGUCUGACCGAAACCGCAACAAGGCUCAGUCUGAUGAGCUGAAUCAAGAGCUUACCAAAGUCCUUCGCGAGCUUGGAUCCGCCGAGAUGGGUCGCCACGAGACCAACAGAGAACGGGCCAUGCGUGAACACGUUUCCAAGAUGAAGCGCACGUUUGGCGCAAGCGUGUAUGGACGCUACAAAGACCUGAUCAAACCCAAGCAGAAGAAGUACGAGACUGCCAUUGGUACGCUGCUUGGCUGGCAUAUGGAUGCCGUGCUCGUAGACACGGAUAAAACUGCCAGGGACUGCGUUCAGUUUUUGAAGGAGGGAAAGCUUGGCCAGAUGAGCUUCCUGCCCCUCGACUCGUUGACUGUGCAGUCGGCGAAUCAGAACCUAAAGGGUAUGCAUGAGGGCAUGCGUCUAGGCAUUGACUGCAUCGACUACCCACCUCACCUCGAGCGGGCCAUCUCAUCUGCAUGCGGUGACAGUGUCAUUUGCGACAAUCUCAAACUUGCCCAGCACAUGUGUUUCGAGCGCAAGAUUGGCGUCAAGGCAGUGACUUUGGAUGGUUCCGUCAUCUCCAAGGGUAACACUAUGACUGGUGGUACCAUGCAAGGUUCGAACCAGAAACAGCAAUUUGGCGACGCGGAACUCGAGGCACUGAGGCAGAAUGUGCAGAAGAUCCAGUCCAAGCUUGCCAAUGUUGCCAGAGCCGAUGCCUUCGACAGAGAUAUAGAUGAGCUGCAGGUAGAGCUCAACGAUCUAGACGAUCAGACGCGCCGUCUGGAAGACGAGAUCAAGACAAUCGAGCGCAACAUCAGCAGCAAACAAAAGGAGCUCACCCACGACAAGAACAUCUUGAGGCAAGAGCAACCAAAGCUCAACGAUGUAACGCAGCGACUACAGGACAGGGAGGAGCACCUGAAGGAGAAAGCAGAUGCCGUUCAUCAAGUCGAAGAUGCCGUGUUUGCAGCUUUCUGUCAGCGACUCGGUUACGCCAACAUUCGCGAAUAUGAUUCCCAACAAGGCUCGGCCCAACAGGAGGCAUCUCAGAAGCGUCUUGAGUUCAGGAAACAGCGCACAUCGCUCGACUUCGUGCGCAACAACAUCCUGCGAGAAAUUGGGAGCAUUGAUUCGCGGAUAGAGGCGGCACAGACCAAGCUCGAUAGGGAUCAGACUGCGCUCGAGACGCUCAACGCUCAGCGUGAGGAGCUGCAGAAUUCCAUCGAUGAGCUUCAAGCCGAAUUGGAGACGCUUCAAGAGAAGGUAGCCGCGCUAGAGAAAGACAAGGCCGAGAAGACUCAAGCCGUGAAAGAUGCCCGCAAUAAACUGGAUAAGCGAAACGAGAAGGUCAGGCACAUCCAGGCGGAUGUCCAGCAACAGGAAAUAGAGAUCAAGAACAGGGCCUCGGAACGCUACAGCCUGCUGAAGAAAUGCCGUCUCGAAGAAAUCAAGAUACCACUCACGUCAGAUUCAGUGCCACUGAACUCGCUACCCAUGACAGAUGCCGUGCGUCAACAGGACGAGGAUGCAAUGGAUGUUGACGAACCAGACGAGACACAGGCUGAGAUCGACGACUACGGUGUCGAGCCCGACUUCGAGAAGCUGGACGACGAGCUUCGAGAAGAGAUCGAUGAUAUUCUUGCAAAAGAGGAUAACGAUGACGACAAAAUCCAAGCUGAAGCAGCAGCCGCUCUCAAGAAGGCCGAAGACCAACUCACAGACCGGAUCGCAUCACUCGACGUAGAGAUCAACAAAGCGAAUCCCAACAUGAAAGCGACGGAAAAGCUGGCUGCUGCGAGAGAGAAAAUGACCCAGAUCGACGAUGACUUCAAGACAGCGAAGAGAAAGGCCGAGAAUGCCAAGGCGGCCUUCGAAGCAGUCAAGGACGAGCGCAUGGAGCUGUUCAUGAAGGCCUACCAGCAUAUCCGCGAAAACAUCAAACCCGUCUACCGGGAACUCACGAGUAGCUCGCAAUUCCCUCUGGGCGGUCAGGCCUACCUCGAUCUAGAGGACAGCUCGGAGCCGUACCUUGCGGGCAUCAAGUACAACGCUAUGCCGCCACUCAAGCGUUACCGCGAUAUGGAGCACCUGUCCGGAGGCGAGCGUACCAUUGCUGCUUUAGCGCUCUUAUUCGCUAUUCACUCGUAUCAACCUAGUCCGUUCUUUGUGCUCGAUGAAGUCGAUGCUGCGCUGGAUAACGUGAACGUCUCGCGCGUGGCCAAGUAUGUGACCAGCCAUGCGAGGCCGGGCAUGCAGUUCAUCGUCAUUAGCCACAAGGCUGGGCUGUUCCAGGAGAGCGAGACGCUAGUUGGAAUCAUGAGGGACCAGGCGAAGAUGAGCAGCAAGGCUAUCAGUUUGGACUUGAGGAAGUAUCCCGCGGCUGCGGCGGCUUGAAAAUUCGACGGUGUGUGACUGUAUAAUUCCGGCCUUGCGAUCUGAGUCACACGCUCGCUGCUACUGUGGUUUCGUCCCGCGCUGCGAAAGGCCCUACACAUUAUGACUAUCGGGUACAGGGUCAACUGGGCUUAUGUAUUCCUACGGUGCGGGAGUGUAUAUGUUGUAGUCCGAAUGUGAUGAUCUUCAACGUCACCCAUUCCUCUUGUACUCUUCCGUUUUUCCAGACACGUCGUGCCUGAGGCAAUAACGCGGGCGCUUCGGUGCCGCUGUAGGACGGGAACCAUCUGCGUGACCGGGGUGUACCGCUGCCUAGUCCUUCAUAGCUCACGCAAAUUGUCAUACAGUCC